ACAAGGUACUUAACUAACGUAAAAUUCCUAAAUAAUUGACUUUCUUAGCUUUGGAGCCAAAUAUACAAGAAUAAAGACUUUUCAAACCAUACACGUCUUUGCAAAGUCCCUUCCAGCCCAGAAAUCCGGAAACGGUGUAGGGCUGCCAACCAAUAUCAUCGACAAUGUCCAUCGCCAACUUUUUUUUUUCAACAGUCCGCAAAAAGACCUCAAUCAGACAAGACAUGGUGUGAACGAUAAUCUAUUUUCUGUUCCUACAUAUUUACACAGUCAAGUGACUGUGAUAUUUUGGUGUCAUUAUUUAUUAGUUAAUUUGGUGGAUAAUGUGAUGUAAAUAUUGUGAUCGAUAUGUAGUAUUAUACCGUAUGGAGCAAUUUAUUUGAAGUCACUCAUCGAUCGCGUCAUCAAAUAAUAUUAUCCACUACGUACUUAACAUAAUGGUGUUUAAAGAAUAUCUUAAUUAGACGUCUUGCGCAGUGGGAGUAAGGUAUUUCGUAUUUCCAAUCUUUCCUACAAUCUGUUUCCAAAAUGUACGAGGAUUCCUCAGAGACGAUAUAUGGGACCCAUGAAGACUCCCACGUUGUGAUGUCGGAGAAGGUCCAGUCACUGGCAGGGAGCAUAUAUCAGGAGUUUGAGCGCAUGAUAGCGCGCUACGAUGAAGAUGUAGUGAAGACACUAAUGCCCUUGCUGGUGAAUGUGCUGGAGUGCCUGGACUCGGCCUACCAGACCAACCAGGAGCAUGAGGUGGAGCUCGAGCUGCUGCGCGAGGACAACGAGCAGCUGGUCACGCAAUACGAGCGCGAGAAGGCGGCGAGGAAGCACGCAGAGCAGAAGUUGCUGGAAGCGGAAGAUCACUUCGAAGGCGAGAGAAAAGAGCUGACAGGUCGACUUGAAGCUCUGGACAGCAUUGUCAGAAUGCUAGAGCUCAAACAUAAAAACUCCUUGGACCAUGCGAGCAGGCUCGAAGAACGUGAAAAUGAACUUAAGAGGGAAUAUUCGAAGCUUCACGAGCGUUACAACGAAUUGUUCAAGACCCAUGUUGAUUAUAUGGAGCGGACUAAGUUAUUGAUGAGCACUGCAAGUGACAGAGGCGAGGUACGCGGCAGGCUUGGGCUCAAUCCCAUGCGGUCAAGUGGUCCAAUUUCAUUCGGCUUCGCUUCCCUAGAGAGUUCUAUGCAUAAUGUAGAGCAGACGGAGAGUAUGCCGGGCAGUCCGGUCAGCCUGUCCUCUUCGCCGCCGUCGCCCCCCACCGGCUCCGACCUCGCCGCGGUCAGGACCGUCGAGUGCGCCCACCAAACAGACCCGAUCACGCAACAAAGUCAGGCAACGUCGCCAGUGGCACCUCUUCUCCCUAGUACACCAAAUACCGGGAAAUCUCAAACCAAAAGCGAGAAGCGAAGUGGCAACAGUCUGUACCAAGAGCUGGCCUUCCAGGAUGUUGACCCUGGCAUCGUUGAAGGGGAAGACGGAGAUAUUACCGGUAGUUGGGUACACCCUGGAGAAUAUGCAUCCUCGGUUAACGACAAUUAUUUCGGAAUGGGCAAGGAGGUGGAGAAUCUCAUUCUGGAGAAUAACGAGCUGUUAGCGACGAAGAAUGCGCUGAACGUGGUGAAGGACGACCUCAUAGUGAAGGUCGACGAGAUGACCGGCGAGCUCGAGAUCCUCAGGGAGGAGGUCGCCAACCUCAGCUCGGCGAGGGAGAAACUCCGCGACAGGGUCACUGAACUCGAAGAGGAAGUCAGGCACUUGAAGGAGACGGUGACCACGAACGCGAGCGGGGGAGACAACGAGGACGAGGCUGAUGUCCCGAUGGCGCAGCGCAGGCGCUUCACUCGCGUCGAGAUGGCCAGGGUUCUCAUGGAACGUAACCAGUAUAAGGAGCGAUUCAUGGAGCUGCAAGACGCAGUCCGCUGGACGGAGAUGGUCCGUGCAAGCCGUGUCGACUCCACUAUCUACAAGAAGAACAAACAGAGCAUAUGGAAGUUUUUUAGUAACCUCUUCAGUACGGAGAGACCGCAGCGCCCUCUAUCGACGCCGCACCUCCGCGCUGUCGCCGCCCCGCAGCCCUCGCUGCGCCACUCCAGAACCCAAGCAGACUUCUUCGAGAACCAGCUCACUGAUCACCACAACUCCAGGAGACAUGAGCGAAGCGAGCAGUUCCGACAGGUGCGGGCGCAUGUUCUCAAGGAGGACGGACGCACGCAGGCCUACGGCUGGAGCCUGCCCAGCAAGAGCGGGCAGGGACUGAAGGGCCCGAGCUCAUGCACCUCACUGUCGUCGGGCGGUGUCCCGGUACCCGUACCUGUGUUCUGCAGGCCAAUAGCAGAAAACGAGCCACGUAUGACGUUGCUUUGCGCUGCCGCUGUCAAUCUGAACGGAGGUCGCACUCCGGACGGCGGCUGUAUGGUCGGCGAGAGCGUCUUCUACGCCAACCAAGAUGAGAAGAAUGAAGUGACGAUGUCGUUAGCGUAUGAGAUGAGUAAAGCGCAGCUGGAACAUUCUCCUGAAGUAGAACAGAUUAACCACCAGCUUCAAUCCACCCAAAGUACUGAAUAUGCGGAAAAAAACUUAUCGUCUCUCGUUUGGAUAUGUUCCAGCAAUCAGAAUAAAGGAAUUGUUAUGAUAAUUGACGCCAACAAUCCAGCGGAGGUUAUAGAUUCCUUCCCGGUGACGGAUAAGCACAUUCUAUGCGUCGCCUCUGUACCGGGCGCUGUGGCUGAAGACUACAGAGAUUUCCAAGAGCGGGCCGCUGGGGCGACCGACAAGAGACCAACGUUACAGUCUCUCUUCUGCGCCACCUCGGUUGACUCCGUGGACGUUCCAAAGAAUGCUAAUGAAGAAAAUGAUGACAAGGACGCUAUUGUUGUAGGCAGCACACGCUUAGUAAAAGCCACAGUUCUCACACCGCCAAGCACGCCUGUAAACGAACCGGAGACUGCGCCCGAACCGCAGGGCGAACAAGCCGCUGAGAAGAAUGAAGAGGUCAACACCGUGCCCGCAGACAGCCCACCGCUUAGCUCAACACCUGUUAAUGGUGCACAUUUGAACUCGCCUGAACCCGGCGUCGAAGCCUUCGCGCAGCAGCAAACAAAAACAGAUGCAACUCAGAACCGCAAGAUGUCGACUGUGAUGGCGACGAUGUGGCUCGGAACCAAGAGCGGGAACCUUUACAUACACUCCGCUGUAGGGAACUAUAAGAAAUGCUUAGCAAGGGUGAAGUUGAACGACGCGAUCCUGUCCAUAGUGGCUUGUGCUUACCGCUGUAUCGUGGCGCUCGCUGAUGGCACCGUCGCCAUAUUCUCAAGGCUCGCUGAUGGCCAGUGGGACUUCGAACAAUACUGGUUACUGACGCUCGGCGAUCCGAAGUGUUCUGUACGUUGUCUAAGCGCCGUGGGCUGCACGGUGUGGUGCGGCUACCGCAACAAGGUGCAUGUGAUCGAGCCGCGCUCGCGACUGCUUCUGCACUCGCUUGAGGCGCACCCCCGUCAGGAGAGCCAAGUGCGACAGAUGGCCUGCGAUGGUGACGGCGUUUGGGUCUCCAUCAAAAUGGACUCAACGCUUCGCCUCUACCACGCUCACACGUACCAACACUUGAAGGACGUGGACAUCGAGCCUUACGUCAGCAAGAUGCUCGGUACCGGCAAGCUCGGCUUCUCACUAGUCCGGAUCACGGCUCUCCUGAUCAGUUCGGGACGGUUCUGGAUCGGGACGAGCAAUGGAGUUGUGAUAUCUGUGCCGCUGUCUGAAGGCUCCAGCCGAGAUUCUAUUGGACCGCAGCCGUCGACGUCACGCGCGCCUGUUCAACCUGCCAUAGCAUCAUGUCCUACGGGCAACAUACCGUGGUGUUCGAUGGCUCACGCGCACCUCAGCUUCCACGGUCACCGGGACGCGGUCACUUUCUUCGUGGCAGUGCCCGGCGUCGCCGGAUCUCCGGCCCGGACGCCCGAGUCGCCGCGACGAAACUCACCGACCAUGCCGCCCAUGCUGGUCAUAUCAGGCGGCGAAGGAUACAUCGACUUCAGAAUAGCUGACUCAGAAAUGGAGGACAGUGUAGUGGUUGCGGAGGACGGGUCGUCGAGCGGGCACAGCUCGCUGGCGGAGCGCGCCUCCAAGAGCCACCUGAUAGUGUGGCAAGUGGCGACCGCCUAACGCAGGGCCAGCCGUGCCAGACAAGACUCCGACUCGGACUAUGUGUACGUGUGCAUGUCUACAAAACCUGCGACGCUAAUCAACGCGUAAGUUACAACUAAAUAGGACGACGGUUCUGGAGAGGCAUGGAGUAGUUCUUGUGCGUUCCAUGCAUGAAGGUCUCAAUGUCGUAGUAUAUGUUUAGAAUUUUAUUUCCAUUAUGUAUGUUUAGUUCUGUUAUUUGUGUACAUUAUUAUUUUAAGUGCAGUUUUAAGUUUUAUGUAUUGUUGUUAAGCUCUGUGAUAUAAAGCUGUUUUCUAGCUUUAUGUCAUGGAUAGGUUUAUCAAAAUGUUUUCCUUCCCUGUACUUAAUGUUUCGUCUCCGAACCGUCGAAUCAAAGGGAUAAGCGAAGUGUUGUAUGAUCAGUAUUUCCACGUUUUAUAUCUUAGAGUUUGGUUGCCAAUCGCAAUUAGGUGCGUGAUAUUUGUUGGUCCUUCGAAAUCCAUUUUUAUCCUAUUUACGUCAUCGUUAGUAUAGGAUAUGCAUGUUUGUGAAAUCGAAUUUCUCUUGUCCUGUUGAUUCAAUAACAUUUGUGUAAUUACUAUUAUCAAUUAAUGUAAGAUGUCUGUGUGAAAUAACGUCUAGAAUAUGAUAUCACAUCCACGAGUUUUCUAUCAGCGCAAGUCAUAUUAACGUUCAUAUCCUAGAUUAAUGUGUUACCUGUAACUGAAUGUGUUGGUCAUGGCUCACUACACGUCAUCACUCGUCUCCGAUCGGUAUGUCUGCACGGCUAUAUCUAGCAUACUUUGUUAUAUACGUUACCGUGAGCGGCCGCUAGUGUCCUACGGUAACUUAUACAUUACUACAUUGUAUCAUUAGUUACUAUGUGUGCUUAAUAUUCGGCUAUAUUGUUUCUUGGCGCUAUAGUCUUAAUAUUGCUCAUGUCAAGAACGUUUGGCCGACGGCGAUAUAUUUACAUAUGUUAUCGGCUUCGGUCCAAGCUUAAUCUCAUUAAAAAUUAUGUACAAGAUGUAACCACCAAAUAAUACGUUUUAGUAGUGUUAGUUAGAUUAAAAGAAUAUAUUGAACAUUUUAAAUAAUAUAAAUACAAUAGUUAUUAUGAAUUUUCUCAAGAAAUGUGACCAUUCGGGCUGUGGUUGUCAUCUGCAUCACAAUUUUUAUAACUUUAAUUUUAUUUUUAGAUUUUAUAUUUACUGAAUUGAAAUUAUUUUAGACGUGAGCCUCAUACUUGUGUUUGAAUUGUUUUUAAUCGAUUAAAUGUUAACAUAAUGAUGUAUUACAUAAUAAAUAUUGUUGCUGUGUUAAGAAAUGUAUAAUGAAUUUAUUACGCAAGUGUGUCGCUCACGAGGUAAGUAGGAAAGUUUUAUUUUGACUGAAUCAUUUUAAUAUAAUUAUGUUAUGAAAUUAUUUUUAUUAUUUUUUCAUUAUAAGUAGUACGCUGGUGGUAUUUUUAUCUAUUUUCAAAUGACUAUGGUGCAUAAAUAGCUUAGGUAAAUGUUGUUUUAUGAGAUUCACUGUCACACGUGUGUUCCCUUCACGGCUGCUUGCGGCACGCUCGUACGUGAGGAGUAUGACCUUAAACGGCCGCCUCCUCACACAGUAUAUCAUCAUGGCGUCUUGCUAAGUGGCAGUUAGUUUUGUAUAUACGUUGACACAUCUUUGGCUCGAUAUGUUACUCAUAUUUUAUUGGAAUUCAUGAUAGAGUUAUUAUAUAAUUAGUGCUAUACGUGAUCUUACUAAUAAGUAAAUAACGAUUACAGCAGACGUUGGUUGAGGGUGUUAAAUCAGAAUCACUUGCAGCCGUAUUCAUAAACGCCCCUUAGUUAAUUCUCGUUCUUAAGUCUCAUGAUGUCUCUGUCACUCUGAAGUGGAAUGUAGAGACAAAUGACAUUUAAGAAAGUUAUUUAGCGAAGUUUAAGUAUACGGUUUUUUCGUGUAUAUUAUUUGAGGCGAAAUUUUGGUAGUUUUUUUGUUCGAUUGUGUGUUUUGCUGGUAGAUCUUAGGGUUAAAAUGGAAUUGCCUUAAUUUUGCCUUGUCUGUGUUCACGCGACUCGCAUUUAGUCGUGACUGUCUGCUUUCGCACACAUUUCUACGCCUCUUCCACCUUAAAACUUUAUUCUAUAAAUUCAUUACCAUUAUUUUUAAAUAACACUAUAUUUUAAUAUAUUAUUCUACCCUAUACUUAAUAGGUAAAUACUAUUAUUUAUUACUUUAAUAUAGACAAACAGUUGUGCUAAAAUAUGUAGCCUACACUUAAUAUUUAUUCGACUCAACACCAUUCAAAUAGUCUAGAAAUAAAUUGUCAGCAAUAUAUAAGCAGUAGUGCUAGUAAUAAAAUCAAGAUAAAAAAAAAAGAUCGUCUAAAUAGUUUCGAUUUUUGAGAGAAUUACCAAAUUUUACAGUAAUCUACAAAUUUGUAGUGUGGUAUUAAAGUAGGUCACGGUAACAAGCUUUCCCUGUAUAUACGAACCGUGUUAGCACGUAUCUUUUCCUCGGCCAGUUAAACCUGAACCAUCGUUGACUGUAAGUGCUAGUCAAAAUAUCGACAUAGUGAUGUAAAUUUAGAUAGGCUUACAUUGUUUUGCUAACGUAGCUGUAAAGUAACGAUCACUCAACGCCGCGUAGUGCUACAUCGCGGCUUGUCACGUCCCGGUAACAGACCGCGGUAGGGUUUGCAUCGAAACUGCGAAACGAGACAGAAUACUACAAUUGAGACUUGUAGUGCCGUGGUAUUUACCCAGCAUACAAGCAAUCUGGGCAAGGAUAUAGAUUAAAUCAAACUUGGACUUUUAAAAUUAACACUUCGGAUAUGUUGUCUGUACGGAUAUUAUAAAAUUUUAAUUAAUAUCAACUUGAAAAUGUAAAAAUCGGAUAAUUCAAUAUGCAACAGAAUACACAUACCUAAAUAGGUUUCAUAAAAAGGAAUUCAUUCAAUAGGCGGAGCCAUGAAUAAACUUGCCCAAAUCAUAACAUCCGUAGGCGGUUCAGAUUGUUAUAAGAUGCAAGAGUUACCGCGUUCGCAUGCAACUUAACGUGUAAUAUGACUGAAAAACUAUACUUUUUCGGUACAUCAAUUCUUAUGUUCAUAGGCCAAAUGGAGUAUUUUUAUUUCGUUUAUAUACUAUUGAUAAAAUAUACUAUCACGUCGAUACAAAUCAAAUGUUUCAUAUAUUAAAUAGGUAUUCAUCAAGUUCUCUGUAAUUACGUCCAUAUUCUUGUGAAAAAUAAAUGUGUUUAUUUACCUGUGUAAAA